UCAUAUAUCUCCCACUUUAUUGCUAAAUCGUUCAGUAGGUGGCGGGUUGAGAUAAUCUCAAAGUGAUUUUCUGAGCUGGCGAAAAAGUAUUGCGCAGUUAGGGAAAAAUAUUAAUAAUUUUGCAAUAAAAAUUUGCUAAACUAAAAAUAAUCGAAUGCACAAAAGUUUUAUGUAGUACAUAUAUAAACAGACAACGUUUAGCAAUUUGAAGUAAUUCGGAACGGUACGUGAUCGUGGUACAAUUGAAGGUAAAUACAUAUUUGAAGAACACAAAAAUCCCGUAGACGCACUGUCAAUAAGAAUUAAAAUGCAUCAAACGCGAAGCCAACGCCAUUCUCCAACCUUAACACUACUCGCAUUCGCUUACUUAUGCCUAGCCGGUAGCGUAUGCAGUAGGAACGCAGUCUUUAGUUAUAGUGAGUCGAGAUUCGGAGAUGUGAGCAUUGUAAGAAGCGAAAGAGCCUGGCAGUGUGACCGCGUCAGAUGUCCGCAAGAUACAGAACAGUGUGUGGUGACCAAAUCCAUUUCGCCACAAGAUCCCGAAACGGUAAUGCGCAGAAAUUUAUGUUUGUCAAAAAAUGGUGAUAAACUUGUUGAUAGACGCUUUAAGGAAGAAGCUAGUCAAUAUGGAAAUAAUGAUAUUUUAAUUGUAAGUACGAAAGACGGUAGCCAGUACUCAAGCACAUACAUGCAGAACUUGUAUGACAUAGAGAAUGUUGAGGAAAAUUUGCAAUUCAUGGAUAGGGUUGAUAGAAAUGUCACAGAAAACUUGGAAAGAGCUGCAGAAUUAAUGAGGCGCAAUAUGGCAGAAUUACAAAGACAAAUUGAGAAUGCUUUCAGGCAUCUGCCCUUCUUUGGGUAAUAAAUCUGUAUGUAAGCAACGGCGUGAAUAGAGUCAAUGGAAUUUACAAAAAAACAAAAACAGUAAAGCAGCCACCCAAGCUUGAAAAAAGAAUAAGUAAAUCUAUAACAAAAUGCUAUGUACGAAUCUUUGGAAUUAACA